AUGUGCGAGGCCCAGUGCUUCAGCAAGUCCCUGCGGGACGCGGCCGGGCAGCCCCUGCGGCUCCGGGGCAGCCUCCUGAAGAAGGGCGGCAGCAAGACGGCCCCGAGCAUCCGGAGCAGCUUCACCAUGGGCCGGCGCAACUGGCAGCGCCGCUGGUUCACGCUCGACGCCGAGAACGGCGAGCUGCGCUACUACGAGGACGCGACGAUGCGGGCGACCAAGGGCCUCGCGCGCUUCCGGCCCAACAGCGAGCUGCGCACGCCGACGAAGGACCUCCGGGGCAAGCACGGCCGGGGCGCGACGGACGACACGGCCUACUACUUCGAGGUCACGAACUGCGAGGACGAGAAGCACCUCGUCCGGAGCGACCCCUUCGCGAUGCGCGCGCACUCGCAGCUCGAGUUCGACCAGUGGGUCGCGUCCGUCGGCCUCAGGGCAGCAAAAGGGUGA